AUGUCAAUUUUCACAUCAUCAUCAAACGAUUUAAUUCAAUUAAGUUUACCAUCAAUAGAAAGACCAUUUGGUUUAUAUUUAUGGCCAAUUUUCAACAAGAUAUUUGAAUUAGCUAUUGGUUAUCCAGCUGAUGAUUUUCAAUUUAUUUAUCAUAAAACUUUUUUAGCAAAUGGAUUUCAUGCUAUAAGUAUUAUAAUUGUUUAUUAUAUAAUAAUAUUUGGUGGUAGAUUUUUAAUAAAUAAAUUUAAAUUACCAGCUUUAAAAUUAAAUUUUUUAUUUCAAUUACAUAACAUUGUUUUAACUUUAUUAUCAUUAAGUUUGUUAUUAUUAUGUAUUGAACAAUUGGUUCCAAUGUUAUAUAAUCAUGGAUUAUUUUAUUCAAUUUGUUCAAAAGGAGCAUUCACUCAAAAAUUAGUAACAUUAUAUUAUUUAAAUUAUUUAACAAAAUAUUUAGAAUUAAUUGAUACCGUAUUUUUAGUAUUAAAAAAGAAAAAAUUAUUAUUUUUACAUACUUAUCAUCAUGGUGCUACUGCUUUAUUAUGUUAUACUCAAUUAACUGGUAAUACUUCUGUUGAAUGGGUUCCAAUUACAUUAAAUUUAGCAGUACAUGUUAUAAUGUAUUGGUAUUAUUUUUUAAGUGCAAAAGGUAUAAAAGUUUGGUGGAAAGAAUGGGUAACAAGAUUUCAAAUUAUUCAAUUUAUUUUAGAUUUAGGUUUUGUUUAUUUUGCAACUUAUACUUAUUAUGCUUUUCAUUAUUUUUAUAAUUAUUUACCAACUAUGGGUGAUUGUCAUGGAACUGAAUUAGCUGCUGCUUAUGGUUAUUUGAUUUUAUCAUCUUAUUUGGUUUUAUUUAUAAGUUUUUAUAUUAAAGUUUAUAAAUCAAAAGGUUCAUCAACAGGUGCAAAGAAGAGUGGAUUGGAAAAGAGAGUUGUUGAAGAAGAAACACAAAGUAAGUCAACUGGUGUUUCAGCAAGUUCUACAAAACCAAAAUCAAGAAAAGUUUAA